GGGCCCCGUCCCGCGUGUCCCGCGGCCGCCGGCGCUUCCCGAGCCUCUCCCGCCGAGCCCGGCCCGGCCCGGCCCGCGCCAUGGCCGCCUACAAGCCAGUGGUGGUGCAGGCGUGCCCCAGGCUCGGGGAGAGGAUCACGCAGGACACGCUGUACUGGCGGGGAUACAAGACACCUGUUCAGAUAAAGGAAUUCGGCGCAGUGAAUAAAAUUGACUUCUCCCCGGUCCCGCCGUAUAACUACGCUGUCACCGCAUCCUCGAGGGUCCACGUCUACGGCCGCUACUCGCAGGAGCCCAUCAAGACCUUCUCGCGCUUCCGCGCCGCGGCGUACUGUGCCACCUACCGGGACGACGGGCGCCUGCUGGCCGCCGGCUGCGAGGACGGCAGCGUCUCCCUGUUCGACAUCGGCGGCAAGGCGCCGCUGCGGCAGUUCGAGGGGCACGCCAAGCCAGUUCAUCUGGUGGGAUUCCUGUCUGAUAAAUACCGAGUAUUUUCCGGUGGUGAUGAUUAUUCAUCAAAGUUGUGGGAUAUUCCGAGUGCCACAGAAAUCAUCUCUUACAGUGAACAUACCGACUAUGUGAGAUGCGGCUGUGCAAGUAAAGUGAAUGCAGAUGUCUUCAUAACAGGUUCCUAUGAUCACACUGUGAAACUGUUUGAUGCACGAACAAAGAGCAGUGUCAUGACGAUAGAACACGGCCAUCCUGUGGAGAGUGUGCUUCUCUUUCCGUCUGGUGGACUUCUGGUAUCUGCAGGAGGUCGAUAUGUCAAAGUUUGGGAUGUACUAAAAGGUGGACAGUUACUAGUUUCACUUAAAAAUCACCAUAAAACUGUGACUUGUUUGUGCCUGAACAGCUCUGGACAAAGAUUAUUGUCAGGAUCCCUUGAUAGGCAUGUGAAGAUUUACAGUACUACAUCCUACAAAGUGGUCCACAGCUUCAACUAUGCAACAUCCAUCCUCAGUCUUGCGUUGUCACCUGAAGACGAAACCAUAGUUGUAGGCAUGACCAAUGGAGUGCUAAAUGUUAAACACAGAAAACCAGAAGAAAAGAAUGAAAACUCUCAAAAGAAGAGACAACCAGCAUAUAGAACCUAUGUGAAAGGAAAAACUUAUAUGCCAAAACAGGAAGAUUUCUGUGUCAGUAAACCUGUAAAACGUGUUUUGAGAAAAUACGAUAAGCUGCUGAGGAGCUUUCAGUCUUCCAAGGCUCUUGAUGCAGUGCUGGAGCCACCCAUCAUGCUUCAUACCCCUGAAGUCACGGUUGCAGUCAUGCAGGAGCUACAUCGCAGAGGAACGCUGAGAAGUGCACUGGCAGGCCGAGACGAGAAGCAAGUUAAUCUCCUGCUUACCUUUGUGGCAAGGCGUGUGAUUGAGCCUAGAUUUACUCCUAUGCUGGUGACUGUUGCCGAUAUGAUCACUGACAUUUAUCAGCCUGUGGUUGGGCAGUCAUCAGUAGUUGAUAAACAGUUCUUGAAACUCCAGCAAGCUAUUGGAAAAGAAAUUGACUAUCAAGAAGAACUACUAGAAGUUUUGGGAAUGAUGGAUACACUGUUUGCUACUUUUACUAAGAAAAGAGAUACAUGUCUAGAAGAGAACAAAAGUAAUGGUGUCACAGAGAUUAUUGAAACAAAUAGGAAUUACUGACACCCAUCUCAACAAAUUGUCAUAAUUGUGAACUUGAAUGACAUGCUUCUGGUAACUUCUUAUAACAGUGACUUUCAAAAUAAGCCUCUCUAUGUUGAAGUUCUGUCUUUUAAACUAUGUUGCUGAAUAGGCUUGAUUACUGAGGAUAGAGAAAGAGGACAUUUUCAAGAUUGUCCAUGCAAUAUUUUUCAAACAAUUUAGUUUUAAAGUUUUAUUUCAGAGUUACAUAACUUCCUACAAUUUACAUGGGGAUUUACAUGGCCUCAUUUUUGGUAGCAGCAGGGGUGCUUCUGUGAGAAGCUGCCAGAAGCUUCCUUCACAUUUGGCAGAACCAAUCCCUAGUUGCUCCAAAGAUGGACAUGCUGCUGGCCAAGACUGGGCCAACUAAAAAUGGUGAUAACAAAGUUAUUGUGCAGUUGUAAUUGUGGCCAGAGAAGGGCAGAGUGAGAACAUGUGAGAAGAACAACCCUGUGGACACCGAGGUCAGUGAAGAAGGAGGGGCAGGAGAAGUUCCAAACACUGAGAUUCCCCUGCAGCCCAUGGAGAUCCAUGGGGAAUGCAGGGAUCCACCUGCAGCCCAUGGAGGAGCCCAUGCUGGAGCGGGUGGAUGCCUGGAGGAGGCUGUGACCCCGUGGGAGACCCAUGGAGAGAGGGGCCCUGCUCCCAGGCUGGAGCAGCCUGUCCUUGGAGCACUGCACCCAUGGAAGAGUGACCCACGCUGCAGCAGUCUGGGGAGGACUUGCCUGUGGGAUGGGCUCACUCUGCAGAAGUUCAGGGAGAUCUGUCUCCAUGGGAGGGGAGCCCACAGUGCAGCAGGGGAAGGAAUCCUCUCCCUCAGCAGUGGGAGAAGCCACGGGUCAUGAACUGACCAUAACCCCCAUUCCCUGUCUCCCUGUGCCACUGGGGAGGAGGUGGAGCUGGGAAGGAGGGAGGGGUGAGGGGAAAGUUGUUUUUAGGGUUUGUUUUACUUCUCAUUGUCCUGCUCUAAUUUUGUUUAAUAAUAAAUGUAAUUAAUAUAUCUUAGUUGAGCCUGUUUUGCUCAUCAUGGCAUUUGAUGAGUGAUCUCUGCUGCUCUUAAUCCCAACCCAUGAAUCCUUAGUUACAUUUUCUCUCCCCAGUCCAGCUGCAGAGGAGUGAGUGAGGGGCUUUGCUGGCUGCCUGGUGUGUGACCAGCACCAACCCACUACAGUUAUGUGUCCAGUACUGUCAGCAGUUGACAAUUUUCAGUUUUUAUUUACCAGAAAAUAAUUGAUGUUUGUGUGAUUUUAAUGUGUCACUGUCUUUAAAUAAAGUUCAUAUCCGAUCUCACAUCCUUGAAAAUACAAAGAAAACAGCAUAUGCAUUUGAUAACACUUGACUACAUUGUUUUUUCUCUCCCUGCUUCAUCUCCAUUUAAGAUUUUAAUGAAUUCACAGCGCACAGCAGAAUGACUCAAGAAUUGUGUGCUUAGGUAUAUUGAAAAAGUUAGUUUACUUUUUUUAAUGAUGCAUAUGUAUUUAUGAGUUACAAUUUUCUAGAAAAUAGGUAAUACCUCUAAAGGGGAAUUCAUUUGAAUUAAAUUAAUGCAAUGAAUAAAAUAUCAGUGAGAAAAUACAAGUUAAA